AUGUCCAAGGUCGUUCAAGUUCUUCAAGGUCAACUUCCAUCUUAUAACCGAAUUCGAACAAAGUAUGAAGCUGAGCUGAUUUCAACUGCUGCAAAGAUGGCUGCACGUGGAAAAGGAAUAUUGGCAGCUGAUGAGCCCAUUGAUGCAUAUAAUGAACGUUUUAAGCCUAUGGGUCUUGAAAAUAACGUUGAAAAUCGCCGAAAAUAUCGUGUUAUUCUAUUGGAAACUCCAGGCAUGGAAGAGUACAUCAGUGGUGUUAUUCUUCACAAAGAGACAGUUGAGCAACAAGCCUCUACUGGCGAAACCUUCCCUCAUAUGCUGAUGAAAAAAGGAAUCGUUUGUGGUAUCAAUACCGAUGGUGGUUUACAUCCCUUUUUUGAAGGAGUUGAGGGAGAAGAGAUGACUGAAGGCCUUGAUGGUUAUGCUGCGCGAGCAGCAUCGUACUAUGCCAAGGGUUGUCGCUUCUGCAAGUGGAGAAAUGUUUACAGAAUUCAGAAUGACAACGUUUCUGAAGCAUUGGUUCGCUUUAAUGCCGAAACUUUGGCUCGUUACGCUGUACUCUCACAGAUGAAUGGACUUGUCCCCAUUGUGGAACCAGAGAUUAUGUUAAAUGGUACUCACAACAUUCAUACAUGUGAGCAAGUUUCACAACACGUCUGGUCAGAGGUUAUUGCGGCACUCCAUCGACACGGCGUUAUUUUGGAGGGUAUAAUGUUGAAGCCAAGUAUGGUCGUUCCUGGUUCGGAAUCAGGCAUCACCGUCUCAGCAGCGGAAGUUGCUGCUCACACGGUAGCUACACUGGCGCGGGUGUUGCCUCCAGCUGUUCCUGUCGUUGGAUUUCUUUCAGGUGGUUUAAGUGAACUACAAUCUACCGAAUACUUGAAUGCCAUUAAUAAUACAUCAACUCCUCACACGUGGUUGCUUACAUUUACGUUCGGUCGGGCACUACAAAACAGCGCCCUGAAAGCAUGGGUUGGAAAGGAUGAAAACAUUCCUCAUUGCCGUCGUACAUUUAUGCAUCGUGCAAAGAUGAACUCUCUUGCCGUACAAGGAAAGUACAAGCCGGAAAUGGAAAAAGAACUCCACUAA